AAGGCAGCAACCUCGCAGACAGAACGGGAAGGAAAAUGAAGCUCCCGAUUUUCAUAGCAGACGCGUUCACGGCAACAGCUUUCCGUGGCAAUCCUGCUGCCGUCUGCCUCCUGGAAAAUGCUCUGGCUGAAGACGCCCAUCAACAGAUCGCAAGGGAAAUGAACCUCUCCGAAACGGCUUUCGUCAGGAAACUGCAACCAAGCGACAACUUCACACAAAGUUCCUGCUUUGGACUGAGGUGGUUUACACCAGAGAGUGAGGUUCCUCUGUGUGGUCACGCCACCCUGGCCUCUGCGGCUGUGCUGUUUCACAAGAUAAAGAACACAAACAGCACCCUAACCUUCACCACUAUGAGCGGGGAGCUAAAGGCCAGAAGAGCAGAGGACGGGAUUGUCUUGGACUUUCCUCUCUACCCAGCCUUCCCCCAGGACUUCCAUGAGGUGGAAGACUUGAUAAAGACAGCCAUAGGUGACACCGUGGUCCAGGAUAUCCGGUACUCUCCAGAUACCCGAAAACUCCUGCUCCGGCUCAGCGAUUCUUACGACAGGUCCUUUCUGGAGACCCUGAGGGUGAACACAGAACCUCUGCCUCGAAUGGAAAAGACAGGAAAGGUGAAAGGGCUCAUUCUCACUCUCAGAGGAGAGCCUGGGGGGCAGACACCCCACUAUGACUUCUACUCCCGGUACUUUGCACCGUGGAUUGGUUUGCCUGAAGACCCGGUAACAGGAGCUGCGCAUACUGUUCUGAGCAGUUAUUGGUCCCAGCAGCUUGGGAAGAGAGAGAUGCGAGCCUUUCAGUGUUCCCGCAGAGGAGGAGAACUGGACAUUUCCCUGCGACCUGAUGGACGAGUUGACCUGAAGGGUGGCGCUGCUAUUGUCUUAGAGGGCACGCUGACCAUCUAG